CGGAACGGAAGGCUACCCAAGAUGAUGCGUUAUACGUUCACGCGCCUUCUUUGCUUACUUGUGUUCGUACAAUGGUCGUUUUUAGUAGAAGGGUCUCACUUCAGACAUGCCCUUAUGAGCUUUGCUCCGACUGAUGCUGAUAACAACACGAUACGGUUUACCUAUCGUCUGGCUUUUCGAAGGUCAUCUCUUUGUGAUACGAAUAUAACUAACGUAGGGAAAAUUAUCGGAUCUGGAGGUUCUUGGACAGCUAAGUGCAGCGAUCCUUCCAGUGCAGUGUGUUCAUGGACCAAUUAUAUUGCGCGAGCUGGCUUUCGCUGUACUGACUUUAGUCGCGAUGAAGACUGGUCCAUGGGGGAAAAUAAUUUCACCUACAUUUUUCCGUCUGGCAUUCUGGAGUGGAAUGUGAGAUAUUACAGUUGCUGUUGGAUUUCCAAUCUUGUGCGAUAUGCUAACUCAGCCUGGUUGGUAUCUACCAAUAUAAGUCUCUCUAAACGAUCUGAUAACGGUAAAAUCAACUCAUCUCCAGUCUCCAGGAGCCCAGCUAUUGUACGAUUUCAACAGGGCUGUCAAAAGUCUCUUACAAUCCCAGUUGAAGAUCCAGAUAACGAUUUUGUGAAAUGCCGUUGGGCAACCAGCGCCGAGUCCUCCAUACCAAGUGAUAGUUUCCCUUACGGUAAACUUGAUGAGAAAAACUGCAUCUUAACUUACGAAGGUGGAUAUGGAGCAUCGGGCACUUACGCAUUAACCUUAACAUUGGAAGACUUUCCAGCUGGAACCACAAACUUCAAUAACAUCAGACCAUUCAGUGCU